AAUACUAACGUAUAUAACUUAAUUAAACAUGCAUUUUGUAAAUGAAAAUAGUGCCAUAGUAAUUCUUAUUCUACACGGAAUAAGUAUGUCUUCGCAAGAACAUAUUAGUAUUAUAUCUCCCGAAAGAAGUACCGACGAGAAUGAUAUACGAAAUGCCAUGGCAAGUGCUAGAAGGAUAACACGAACAGUCUCGUCCAGCAUAUUUUACAUAGACAAGAACAACCCGUAUCCUAGCAAUAUUGUCAACGCGUUUUGUCAGGAGGUUUUCCAAAAUAACGCCAGUGUUGUUAUGAGCAUUAACUACGAGCAAGAAACAUCAAGGGCAACAGAAUUCAUUGCCGAUAUUGCUAGUCGACUUGGAUACCCUGUUAUCAGCUGGGACCCCUUCUAUCGGUCAGCAUUGGAGGCAGAUGACGAUAAUAUGAUACUUCAGCUGUCUUCCACUAUAUACCACGAGUGUAAAGCCAUGGUGCUUAUCAUGGAGAGAUACAACUGGACCGAGUUCACUAUAGUGACCACCAAGGAUAUGGGGCGGGACUUUAUAGACUGUAUGGAUAUUAUGGUGAAGGACACGAGAAUCAUUCAAGGCUAUUUAGAAAAAGAAAAAUAUGUUAAGAUUGCCACCGUGAUACUGCCUGCGGCCAGUGGACCCUACUUCGAUGACCUUGAGAAGCUUCAGACGAAGAAAGAAUUGAAUGAACUUAAACGAGUAAAAAGCCGCAUUGUGUUACUCCACGCAAGUAAAGAGCAUGCAAUAAAUAUUAUUGAGGUGGCCCAAGAAAUGGGACUUGUUGGUCAGCAGUAUGCUUGGGUGCUAACGGCCUCAACGGUCGGCGACCUUUCAAUGUCAACAGUUGCAGCAUCUUUACCGCCGGGCAUCCUUGGUCUAAGUCAGAACAGGUCAAUAGGAAAGGUUGAAGAGGCUAUAGUGAUAUCAUCACGUUUGGUUGCGGAAGCCGUUCGAAAGAUGCCCCGAGAUGCUACGCUGUGUCCAUAUUAUGACUGUGGUACUCUGUCUCAAAACUUUACUCGUUGGAAAACGGGAAUACAGUUAUACAAAACCUUAAAGGGUAUCAAUUUACGACCCUCUUCGGAAUUAAUUCCGGAGAGAGGACGCUCCCGAAGCAGCGAGAUUGAGACACGCUAUCCCGUUAGCUUCACUGAGUAUGGCGUUGUAGCAAACGAGGAAUUAUUUCUGGUUAAUGUUCGACCGCAGAAGGAAGUCGGUCAGCGAACAUUUCGUCGUCCUGUUCACCAGUGGAAUAAGGUAGGUAGGAUAUAUCCUAAAGUAGAAAACAGAGAAACCGUUCUUGCAAUAGAAACCAACGAAAUAAUUUGGCCGGGACUUCAAGCCACACCACCUAUUGGACGUCCCGAAAAACGGUUCUUCCGAUUAGUUACGAAAGAAGAAAAGCCCUUCGUCAUGUUCGUUGCCCCUGACGCAGUCACUGGUAAAUGCGGACACCAUGCUGUGCCUUGCUUGGUUAAUGCCAAAAGUAUUGAAAACGCUAACAUUACAAACGAGAACGGGACAGUUGAUUACUGCUGCACUGGAUUCUGUAUUGAAAUUCUUCAAGUCCUUGCAGAUCGAAUGAAAUUUGAUUAUGUUAUCUACGAAGUGCCAGAUGGCCAGUGGGGAAUACCAGACGAGAAUGGAAAAUGGAACGGAUUAGUAAAGGAGAUUUUGACUGAAAAAGCAGACAUGAUUUUGACAGCGUAUGUUAUAAACAAAGUGAGGAACUCCAUCAUCGAUCUUUCCUCUCCAUUUCUGGAAUCCGGAAUAACCAUCAUGGUAUCCAUUAGAAAAGGCGCGAUUUCACCUUAUGCUUUUCUCGAGCCGUAUGACAUCCAUUCGUGGAUUUUAAUCUUGAUAUUCAGCGUCCAUGCAACGGGUGCUUCAAUUUUUAUAUUUGAAUGGUGGAGCCCAUCAGGGCUAGACCAGGGAAUGACGUCAUCAGUGGAACACCGUUUUUCUCUGUUCCGCUCAUUCUGGCUCAUAUGGGCCAUGUUAUUCGGUGCCUCGGUCUCGAUCGAUGUUCCGCGUGGAGUAUCCAGUCGUUUUCUGGCUAACGUCUGGGCGUUGUUUGCACUGGUCUUUCUAGCCAGUUACACGGCUAAUUUAGCUGCUUUCAUGAUAACCAUUGAUGAGUAUUACAAUUUGUCUGGGAUUGAAGAUUGGCGGCUUUUGCAUCCCACUAAAUUGACACCCCAUUUCAAAUUCGCCACCAUACGGCAUAGCAGUACAGACAUGAAUCUGAAACUAACAUACCCUCCUAUGCACAAAUACAUGUCCAAAUAUAGUCAGCUUGACGUGGAUACUGCGGAAAGGAACCUUAAAAAUAAUACUAUACACGCGUUCAUUUACGAUGCCAAUGUCUUGGAAUACAUGGCGGGUCGAGACCCUGGGUGUUCGUUGCGAACAGUUGGUCGCUGGUAUGCGAUGUCUGGAUACGGCAUUGGCAUGCAGAGAGGUUCAUCCCUUCGUGGGGAAGUUAAUGAGAUCCUUCUAAAUAUGCAACAUUCAGGUGAUAUAGAGCGGAUGCAGGCAUUUUGGCUGUCCGGUGCCUGCCACGCAAAGAAAGACAAUAAAGACAAAAAGAACAGUAACAAAAUUGGAAUUCUCAACUUUAUAAGUGCAUUCAUACUGUUAGCUGCUGGUGUGCUGUUGGGAUUGAUUCUUUUAAUUUUAGAACAUCUAUAUUUUAAAUCUGGCCGCAAGUGUUUGAAGAAAUAUGACAAAUGUGGAUGCUGCGCAUUAGUAAGCCUUAGUUUGGGUAAGUCGUUAACAUUCGAGCAGUCUGUGCUCGAGGCAAUAGACAUUCGGAGGAAGCACAAGUGCAAGGAUCCGAUCUGUGAAAUGAACAUCUGGCAGACGAGGCAUCAGCUGGACAUGGCGUUGCUGAAGAUCAAACAUAUCCAAAGAGAACUCUCUUAUGUCACUUCUAAAAGCGAAACGAUGAACACUUUAGCAGACGAGGAAGAGGCAGACAAACGUUACGAAUCUGAGCUGGACUCGCAAAGCAUACCUAUGCUUCAACUCAACGUCCCUGGACAUGAAACUGAUAUAUGUUGAUACUCUAUCAUGUCGCACAUAGUCUAUCAUGUCGCUCUUGUGGUAUGUUAAGUGUAACACAUUUAAUGUGUACCGGCUCAAUGAAGUCAUUCUAUUCAAAAUGUGUGAUAUUUGGAUGUUGUAAAUGCUAUUAGAUAAUAUAAUAGUACAUAAAAUUAAUCAUUAUUUUGUUGGUAUCACACACACAUAGAAUUGUUCACUGCUAUCCACAAAUGAAUAAGUAAAUGUAAGAAGACCUUCUAUUUAAGACCUUGUUUAAAUAAUAUUAGUAUUACUGCUAAGCUCUCAGUAUACUGCUCUGCGUAAUUAUGUUGAAGUGUAUUUGUUAGCAUUUUAUUUAUAGUAAAUGCAUUUUUGCAAACUGUUGGAGAAUUACUUCCUGUUAAUUUUCUCACUAGCCGGUAAAAGGAAUAGUUUUUUAAAGCUCAAAUAAAUUUGCAAUAUAGUUUUGAUUAAUGUCGCGUCGCAUUUUAUAAAUGUAAAUAAAUACCGGUAAAUGAUGAAGCAAGCUAAUAUGUCCUCACAUGUUGAUGGUAGUGCUAUAUUGACUUUAUUUUCAAUUAUUGUGCUUUGCAUUUCUUUUCAAAAUAAUAAUGUAAUUCUAUUUUAAUAUGCAUGUUAUAUACACGUAUUUAAUCUAAGUUUUUUUUCAAGCUGACAUUCAAAAUAGAUACCAUUAUCAUUUUAUCUUGAUGUAAGUAUGGUUUAUAUUCUUGUUUAUGUUUUCAUUUAUACACAAUAAUUAAUAAUAUAUGUCUGUGCAUGUGAAACAGU